CCCAACACGAUUUGCCAGCAUUAAACACAGCCCAUUUUCUAAGCCCAUAUCAUCAAAAGUCCAAUUAUAGAAUCAGGAUUUUGAAGAUCAUCUUAUCCAGUGUGUGAGGUUGACUGAAAGCACCCAGCUUCAAUUCUCCACCCACUCGUGGUUGUGGGUCGCAUUUUGGCAUUCUUUAUUAGAUUUUUUUCCUUUCCCCACAGAACCUUAUCUGCUCUUUCAAUCUUCUUUCUCUUAUCCCAAUGCUGCUAUAUCUCAGCUAAACAGUAAAAAUUGCUCAAGCUUUUCGUCAAUGGCGGACAUUGUUUCGUGCCACCACAGCUGCUCCUUUUCACCAUUGACAAAAUAUGGUAAUCGCCGGCACCCAUCGAAUCGCAUCGAGCUAUCAAAUCUCCAUAAUCCUUCCAGCCACCAGUUUAAGCCUUUGCGCUCCUCUGAAAAGUCAACUUCAUAUGAGCACGUAGGUGAUCAGAGAAAUUGGUUUUCAUCGAUGAAGAAAAGCGCGAUUUCAAUGGCGUUGGCAGUUGGAUUGGUCACGGGAUUUCCUGAUUUGGGAUAUUUAGGAGAAGCCAAUGCAGCUAACAUUGCUCCAUCACUACCAGAUGUAUCGGUUUUGAUUUCAGGGCCACCGAUUAAAGAUCCCGGGGCAUUGUUGAGAUAUGCAUUGCCUAUCGACAACAAAGCUAUCAGGGAAGUUCAGAAGCCGCUCGAGAAUAUUACCGAAAGUCUGAAGAUUGCUGGCGUCAAAGCCCUUGAUUCUGUUGAGAGGAAUGUUAGGCAGGCUUCGAAGGCUCUCCAGAAAGGCAAGACUUUGAUUGUUGGAGGCCUUGCAAAGUCAAAGGCCGAUGAUGGGAUUGCAUUGCUUGACAAAUUGGAAUCGGGAUUGGGUGAGCUUCAAAAGAUUGUGGAGGAUAGAAAUCGUGAUGCGGUUUUACCUAAGCAGAAGGAACUACUUAACUAUGUUGGAGGUGUUGAAGAGGACAUGGUUGAUGGCUUUCCUUAUGAAGUGCCUGAAGAAUACAAAAACAUGCCGUUGCUAAAGGGGAGAGCAACUGUGGAUAUGAAAGUCAAGGUCAAGGACAAUCCUAACCUGAAUGAUUGCGUAUUUCGUAUAGUUUUGGACGGUUAUAAUGCUCCUGUCACUGCUGGGAAUUUUGUGGAUUUGGUAGAAAGACACUUCUAUGAUGGCAUGGAGAUACAAAGAGCUGAUGGCUUUGUGGUACAAACGGGAGAUCCCGAAGGACCUGCUGAGGGGUUUAUUGAUCCUAGCACAGAAAAAACCCGCACAAUCCCGUUGGAAAUUAUGGUGAAUGGAGAAAAAGCACCUUUCUAUGGGGAAACUCUGGAAGAGCUUGGUCUGUACAAGGCUCAAACAAGGCUUCCGUUUAAUGCAUUUGGAACCAUGGCUAUGGCUCGAGAGGAAUUCGAGAACAAUUCUGCCUCAAGCCAAGUGUUUUGGCUUUUGAAAGAAAGUGAACUCACUCCUAGCAAUGCCAACAUACUGGAUGGCCGCUAUGCAGUAUUCGGUUACGUGACAGAAAAUGAAGAUUUCUUGGCAGACCUAAAAGUUGGAGAUGUUAUAGAGUCUAUCCAAGUUGUAGCAGGUUUGGAUAAUCUUGUUAAUCCAAGCUACAAAAUUGCUGGUUAGAUACCUAGGGGUUUGGGGCCCCUGGUUUAAGGAGAGAGAUUUCAAAUUCUUUGUAUUACAUUAUGUUGUGUUUUGUAUCACUAAUAAAAGAUCAUUGAGAACUGGAAUUUAGUAGAGAUUUCAAAUUCUUCACGUUUUUGUGAAGUCCUUACCUCUUGCAUACUUUGACAAAAUUGUUUGUUUCUAAAGAAGCUUGCUCUCUCUGGUUCUACACACUUCACUUCACUUCAUUGGCUUACUAAAACUCAAAUUAGGUCAAGGUAAAUAAUGUAAUGGCUAUGUUUGGUAAAACUAGCUG